GUUGAGCCAGGUUGGUUUGGCCAUUCGCUCCUCAAAGCAUGAAGUAACCGGUCAUUCCCCAAAUAUGAUUGUCUUCGGAAGAGAAAUUUCAUUAAAGGGUGAAAACGCCUGCCCUGAUCGGAUUCAGUUCGACAGAUCAGCCUUGACUAAGGAGCGCGAACAAGCCUUCGCGAGGCUGUACGCGGAUGUCCAGAGAAAGUUGUCGCGAGCGUACGAAACCAAUAGCCGCACAUACAAUCUUCGACGACGGGAUGUUCAGUAUACGGUGAACCAAUUGGUGUGGAGGAGGAAUCAGGUGUUGUCCGAUGCGGCGAAGUAUUUUUCAGCUAAGUUGGCACCGAAGUAUGUUGGGCCUUUCUUGGUCUCGAAGCGAGUCUCCCCUUGGACCUAUGAAUUGCAGGGUGAGGAUGGUAAAUACCAGGGUGUUUGGCAUGUUAAGGAUUUGAAAUCUCACCCACCGGACCAACAAGCAACUGGACGCCUGUCAGACUAG